AAGUUGAAGAAGCACCGAAGGAUCAUUGACCUUAGCGAAGCAAAGAUGGCGAAGCUCUCAUUCCUUUCAAUGGGGAUGAUCCUCUUCCUGUGCUGUUGCUCGGCCGCUGCAGCAGCGAGGACGGCGCCGGCCGGCCAAGGCUACUCGAAGUACAAGGACCCCGGUCAGCCCGUCAACGCCCGGAUAAGAGACCUCAUGCAGAGGAUGACGCUCCAGGAAAAGAUUGGCCAGAUGACUCAGCUCGACCGCGCCUCGGUCACCCCGGAGAUCCUGAGGGACUACUCCAUCGGCAGCGUGCUCAGCGGCGGAGGGAGCGUGCCGUUCCCCAAGGCCAAGGCCCGAGACUGGAUCGACAUGGUGAACAGCUACCAAAACGGCUCUCUCUCCAGCCGCCUCGGGAUCCCGAUCAUCUACGGCAUCGACGCGGUCCACGGGCACAACAACGUGUAUCAAGCCACUAUAUUCCCGCAUAAUGUCGGUCUCGGGGCUACGAGGGAUCCGGAUCUCGUGAAGAGGAUCGGGGCUGCGACCGCACUCGAAGUCAGGGCGACGGGGAUUAACUAUGUGUUUGCGCCGUGCAUUGCCGUAUGCAGAGAUCCGAGAUGGGGCAGAUGCUAUGAGAGCUACAGCGAGGAUCCAUCCGUCGUUCAAUCCAUGACAUCAAUCAUCUCCGGCUUGCAAGGCGAAAUUCCCGCCGGCGGGCGGAAGGGAGCGCCUUAUCUCGGCGGAAAUGACAAGGUUUUGGCCUGUGCAAAGCACUAUGUGGGAGAUGGUGGCACCGCAAGGGGCAUCAAUGAGAACAACACGGUGGCUGAUUGGCAUGAAAUGCUGAGCAUCCACAUGCCCGGUUACUACAAAGCCAUAAUCGAGGGCGUGUCGACGAUCAUGGUCUCGUACUCGAGCUGGAACGGAGUGAAGAUGCACGCCAACCGCUUCCUCGUCACGGACUUCCUCAAGAACACCCUGAAGUUCAGGGGCUUUGUGAUAUCCGAUUGGGAAGGGAUCGAUAAGAUCACCACCCCCGCCGAUGCAAAUUACACGUACUCCGUUCAGAUGGGGAUCGGAGCCGGGAUCGACAUGGUCAUGGUUCCCUACAAUCACACAGUGUUCAUCGAUACCCUGACCCGACUGGUCAAGGCCGACGUGAUCCCCAUGAGCCGGAUUGACGACGCCAUCGAGAGGAUCUUGAGGGUGAAGUUCAUGACGGGCCUAUUCGAGAAACCUCUGGGCGAUCAGACCUUUCUUUCGCAGCUUGGAAGCCAGGAGCAUAGGGAUUUAGCAAGGGAAGCAGUUAGAAAAUCACUGGUUCUGUUGAAGAACGGGCACAAAGCGGAUCCCCCGGUGUUGCCGCUCGCCAAGAACGCCUCGAAGAUACUCGUCGCCGGGACUCAUGCCAACAACUUGGGCUAUCAAUGUGGUGGUUGGACCAUCACUUGGCAGGGUGGAAGUGGCAACAACCUAACCAGCGGGACCACCAUCCUAGGCGCGAUAAGUAAGGCCGUGGACCUCGACACGGAAGUGGUCUUCAGCGAGAACCCGGACCCCGACUUCGUCCGAUCGCACAACUUCUCGUACGCCAUCGUCGUGGUCGGGGAGCUUCCCUACGCGGAGACGGCGGGAGACAGCACGAACCUGACGCUGGCAGAGCCGGGCGGGGACAUCAUCCAAAAGGUUUGCGGGGCGGUGAAGUGCGUGGUGGUCGUGGUCUCGGGGAGGCCAGUCACGAUCGAGCCGCGCGUGGACCAGAUGGACGCGCUGGUGGCCGCGUGGCUGCCGGGGAGCCAGGGGGAAGGGGUGGCCGAUGUCUUGUUCGGGGACUACGGAUUCACUGGGAAGUUGCCGAGGACGUGGUUCAAGACCGUGGAUCAGCUUCCCAUGAACGUGGGGGACCCUCACUACGAUCCCCUCUUCCCAUUUGGUUUCGGGCUUACCACUGAGCCCACUGGGGGACAGUGAGGGAGACAAUUGAGAGUGCGACUAGUUCUUCUGGAUCUUUAGGUUUUAUUUUAUUUUCGAACAUCUAGUGGGAGAUUCCUUCCGGGUAUACCCAGUCAUUUGGAUUGAAGAUGGUUCAAAAAUUUAGGAUUUGGAACAACUUGAAUAAUCGUCAUUGGGGUAUUCUGGUUGUUUCCCAUUUCGUGG